AAAAUAGGAAAGCAUUUAAGCAUGAUAUUACUGUGUAUAAUGUGGUGUCUUGCCAUGGGGUUUUCAUAUCUAGUGGCAUAUCAUUGCAGGCAUGGAUGGGAAGAACUUGGGCAGUGGGCAACUAGCUCAGCAAGCUAAGCCAGAUGCCUUGGCGGACGAUCAGGGGGCCCUGAAGCACACUGCAGAUUCUCACACCGGAAAUCCGACUUCAGUGAAUGGUCACAAUUCUGUAGAUAUGAACAUGGAAGCUGCGAUCUCAGCCGAUGAUGUCAUGCGAGCCGGCGGCUUCGGCGCCAAAGACGACAUCGGCAGCCUCCUACCGACGGCGAUGGACUCCACCGACUUCGAGGCCUCGCUGCAGGACGCCCGCGACUAUGAAGGCGAGAAGGAGAAGCCAUCGCGGCCCGGGCUGGGUUACAGGGCAUCCGAAGCUGACGCCGCAAGCAAGCCAUCAGACGCGCCAUCGCAGUGAUCCUGCUUUCUUGUGCAACUUCUGUUUCAGAAAGACAAAGUGUUAGAUCUUAAACGAGAGAGACGAGAGACAGAGAUGUAAAGAGUGAAUGCGUGUUAUCUUUAUUGAUGAUGUGAUCACAUAUAUAUACAGUU